CCCAGGAAUACUAUGAAAAGUGCUUUCUGGCGAUAAGUUUGCCCUGGAUAAAUCAAGAGCAUGAGCACAACCUACUCAAGUAUAUGUGACGUUUUAUUGGGCAUCAAAGACUUUGUCACAGACAAAGAGGGCCACGACGGUGAUAUGCUUACAGAGGGACUUCGUCGAUCGUGUUGAGAGGAAAUUGACGCAUCCAUGGCGGCUGAAAUGCUCGUCAAUAUGUUGUCUAAAAGCGAGCACAGAAAGCACAGCAAGCACAGUCUACUCGUACUGCUCAGAACUGUCGGUUCAUCUCUAAUAGUUUUCGUUUGUAUGUAUCUUCUGUAUACUGCGAACCAACAGACAUUGACAUAUCCAGUGGGUUUGAACCCUUCUGUGGUUACCGACUUAAAAAGAAGAAAAGUUCUUCACUAUGGACACGACAACACGUCGCUUAUACAGCGUUCGGCGCUUCCAAGGUACCAAUACUUCGUGUCUUCUCUCUCGGACAACCCGGCAUCGAAGUUCUACUCCGUCUGGAACGAGGAAGCUACAAUAAGGAAGUCACCAAACAACAGGACGAUAAUCGUUGCUUGGAAUUCGACUCCAAAAUGGCCACCUAAGAAACCCUGUCCGUCCAUGCCGGGGUGCGUUUUCACCAAGGACCAGAGGCAGGUGGCAAACGCGGACGCUCUCCUGUUUCGUGGCAUUCACGGUUUCCCCCUUGUCUACAACAGAACGUACUUUCCGACGGUACGGCACGGGCAUCAGUACUGGAUAUACAUGCCGUACGAAUGCCCACAUCUUACAAGGGACGUCGACUUGGCUUCUUAUGGGGGUGUCUUCAACUGGACUUUUACUUACAGAAAUGAUUCUGAUAUCCUAGCAACGUGGGGUCAUGUUACUCAGAUUUAUCAAGAACUGGCCGAAAACCCGCCUGAUCCGAAUAGAGAUUAUUCCAAAGGCAAAACGAAGCUUGUUCUGUGGUAUGUCAGUAACUGUUAUAAACACUUGUCUCGUUUUCCGUACGCGGCAGAGUUGAGGAAACACAUCCAAGUGGACAUUUUCGGUGGAUGCGGGAACUCUAGCCAUUGCGAGAAGAAGGAUAAACAGUGCGUUAUAGAGCACACACGCCAGUACAAGUUCUAUCUAGCGUUUGAAAACUUUAAGUGCGUUGAAUACAUCACAGAAAAAUUCUGGGACAACUCCUUAAGAAACGACUUCGUCCCGAUCGUGUUAGGUGCGCCGAAAGGCGAUUACGAAAGAUUCGCUCCUCCGAACUCCUUCAUUCACGUGGACGACUUUGAAUCCCCUGAAGAAUUAGCAAACUACCUGAAAUAUUUAGACCAGAACGACGAGGAGUAUAACCAGUAUUUUGCGUGGAAAACUCGCCCUCCCAACACCCUCCCCGCAUCUUGGGACGGCAGGUAUUGUGAGGUGUGUAAGAAACUUCUCCAGGCGUCUCCGACAGAGAGAAAAGUGUACACAGACCUGGACAGGUGGUGGAGGGGCGGGAAGUAUGAGCUCUGUGAACCUAUGAUAUACGACGGGAGUUACAAACACCCACGGAAUGCCGUACAUUUCCACUAAUGGGGGCCUGCAUGCCCCUUUUGCGUAGAGUGUAAUCGGCCGUUUUAAUUUUUCGUAGAGCGUAGACGGAC